CUACCAGGGAGCUUCCUUCAGGCAGAAGCUGCCUAUCGGGCUGCUCUGCUUUUGUGCUGCCAUGGGUGGAGGUGCCCUUUAGCAGCGAUACUCAAAGCCCUCCAUUGCCUUGCAAAUGAGCCUGAUGAACCUUUGCUGUCAUACCACGAGUGUGUAGCACACGGGUCUGCAGCAGUGGCACAGAUACAAUGGUUCUUCUUGACCUUCCCCUGCUGCUUCUGCAGUUCAUCCUUCCAUCUCUCCUGGGUGGUCACUUCCCACUUACCUCUGUGCUUCAAAAGCCAUCUCCCUAGUCCUAUAAUUUUCCAUGGGACUGAAAGCCUUACACCUGGGUGGUUCAGCACAGCCCUUUGCAAUGGGAAAUGAAACCAGCAAACACAGAACUCUCUGCUGGCCACACAAGUACCCAGAUGUUAGGGCAACUGUGACCUGCCCUCUAGGUGGGGAGGCUGAAGGCAUAAGCCACACAGCUGGAAUUGAAGUCUGUGUCCUGAAUGACAGCACUGAAAAUACAGUCCUGGUCAGUUUGUAAAGAACUGGCAGGUUUUUCUAUGUGGGUCUACCCUGAGAGUGGGAAAACAACCUCAGGAACAGGUGUAAGACCCACAAAUGUGAUGCUGAUGCACUUUCCUUUCAACAUUUGCUCUCUGAAAAUAAAUUCCAAACAACAACCUAAUGUUCUCUCUGGAGUGGAUACUAGCCAUUUUUUGUGUGUUUGAACUGGAAAACUUCAGUGUUGGUUGAGCUGACAGCAUCCUUCUGAAACAUGUGGGUGUUUUUGUGGUGUGUUCUUCAUAAGGGUGAAAUUUCCCCCUGUGCAGAGAACCCUGACCAGAGCUAUGCUUCACCUGUGUGCUGACCUAGUCCUAGAGGGAAGUAGAACUGAGGUAGUACUGAGGACUUUGACAAGGCAUGGACUAUUUUCUAAAGCAAUCAAGGACUUAAGCUGUAUAGGAAACUGGACAAAGACCAUCUCUGCAGUUCCAUUUAAAUUGCCCUAAAAGUUUGAUCCAUCCAUUUUUUUCUGAACUGUGUCACCCUUUCCUGCCUUUUUACCCCUUGAUUCCUUCCCCUUCUCUAUGACUCCUUCUUUUUCUCCCCUGCCCUUCCCACACACACAGCCCUUCCCACGCUUUUCUCAUUCUGACAAACUCGGCAGGUGGGAGUUGGGGUUUUUAGAUGUUCAGGAGGAAGGGGGCAUGUGUUAAUUACAGCCUUGUUGGGGGUCGUGUGGGUGAGAUGGCAUCCUCUGGAAGCCUCAUGACUCUGAGGUGCUUUAGUAGACACAGAACAACUGAAGCAAAGCAACCAGCCACACCACAGAGUUUGCUGAUGGGGCGGGGAAGGCAAGGUUCCUCAGGGUUGUCCUCCUGUGGUGCUUUUGUGGAAAGAAAUACAGGGCAAAAGGUCUUCAUUGUAAUUUAUCAAGGAGUCACCCCAGUGAUUCCACAAUUACAAGCCCUGACAGGAGCGAGAGAGAUACAGCUGGAGAGAUGGAGAGAUGGAGAGGCCGGCCUGAUCUCCUGCAGACACCACAACUGCAGGAUACAGAAAUUAAGCUGAAGGGCCUGGGCACUGCUCAGAGGCACAGGGCUAACAUUCAAAGGGAAGUCAGCAAUCCACCUAACAAGUACCAGAGCCACUGCAUGUUUUUGGUUGGAUUUCUUUGUGGUUUCUUUUAAUUUGUUUGUUCUUUGUUUGCUAACCUUCCUGUCUGCUUUGGUUUUCCCCUCACCUACAGAUUUGGCUGUUGCAAGCUUUUUGGAUGCCUUUUUGCUUCCCUCCUGACUGGCUUCAUCAAUCAGACAGCUUCUUGUUGCUCCUCACAAGGGCUGCUUGCAGGGCUGGGAGGGCAUGUGGGUCCUUCCCAGCCUGGCUUCAUGCUGGCUCCUUGUCGUGCUGGCUUUUCCCACACAGACUCAGCAGCCUCUCCCCAGGGAAUGUGGUGCUUGAAACCAUCAGAAUGAGUAGCAGGAAAGAGGCUGAGGCCUGAGAAAAGUAACAGGAACAUACUAGCACAGGGAAACCCAACCAGCCAGGAGGAUGGGGAGGAGAUUAGGAUUGGGGAAGGCGGGUCUUUCUGAGCUGUUGUGGACAUGACGGGAAAGAAGCAUACUAAGAUCACUGCCCUUGUCGCUUUUCCUUCUGUCUGUCGUGGCUGCUUCCUUCCCUUUUUUUCUUCCACUCACAUUUAUAGCAGCUGUUUUGCAUGUGAGAUCCACACUAAGAGAAUUUCCAAUGCAACUGGUGCUACUUCCCCCUUUUCUGGGAAGACAGGAGGCCAUGGGGAUUUUGUUUUAUAGAACAGUGGAGCAGGGCAUCCAGUGACUUGACCUGGCUUCCUGGGGAAGCUUUAUCAUGCAGUGUUUAGGUGCAGCAAGGACCCUGUCUGCAAGUUCACCAGUGAUCUCCAGUGCUCUCAGCCUUCUGCAAGCUCUGCUUUUUUACUGGGGCCUCAUCUUCUGCUCUGUCUCCUGUCUGUGGCUGCAGCCUUCUCAUUGUCCUUGCAGAAGAGGCUGUGGUUCACCUGGAUUAUAUUUAGCAGCAGCACUGUCACCCCAUUUUUUAAGGUCUUUUAUGAAUCAUAUUGUGGUUGCCUUGGUUUUGCUCCUAUUUGUUUAAGUUCCUGUACAUUACAAGGAAGCCUACUCAUAUUUCUGUUUUUUGUGCUGUUCAUAGAACAGCAGCCACUCAAAGACAUUCCUUUUUCAGCAAGGCUUUCAUCCCCUAGAUCCUGGCCUCCUACUUGAAAAACUUCGAUUUUUCUCUCUUAAGCCCUUUCUGGCUCUAGCUACGGCAGAUCAGCUCAUGAAGCCAGUGGUUUUCUUGGGAGGUUUGGAUGUAGAUGAAGUGUUUACUACAUGGAUUUUCAGAUGACUGACAUAACAACCACCAGAAAGCAUUUAGUAAGACCUCUUCACCGUGCUCGGGGUGAGCAGAAUUGGCUGAAUAGGCAGUGGGUGUCUGCAGGGUCAGCUGAGAGGGCUGUGCAGAGCCUCUGGCUACAAGGAGAGUGGUAUGGUCUGUGCUGCACACUCUGGGCUGAGAACCAUUUGCAAGGCAAACGUGAGGUGCAGUGGUUGCAACAGCAGAGAGCACAGAUGCUGAAACACAGAAAUCAGAGUUGCUGUGGCAUGACCCUAGGAGAAGAAUCAACUGGCUUGAGUGAGGUUGAAAAGGCUGAAAUAGAGACAAUCAGGAAACACAAACAGGAGCUUUUGGAUGAUAUAGAGAAGCUGAAGGAGGAGAUUGCUGAGGUGUUUGCAGAGAUUGAGUGUUUCCAACGUGCAGAGGAGAAGCAAGUGGCCGAGAGUAAUCCUGGAGAGCAGAUCAGCAAGCUGUCACAGAGGGAUAAAAUUCUGUCCCUGGGUCAGAAGAAGUUCAACAUGGAUCCUGAAAAGGGGAUCCAGUACCUGAUUGAGCACCAGAUAUUGUCUUCAGACCUUCAGGAGAUCGCCAGAUUCCUCCACAAGGGUGAAGGCCUGAACAAGACAGCCAUUGGGGAUUACCUGGGUGGGAGGGAGCCCACAAACAUUCAGAUCCUCCAGGCCUUUGUGGCAUGUCACCAAUUUGCCAACCUCAACCUGGUGCAGGCACUGAGACAGUUCCUCUGGAGCUUCCGACUGCCUGGGGAGGCACAGAAGAUUGACCGGAUGAUGGAGGCCUUUGCCAACUGGUACUGCAAGUGUAACCCAGGAGUGUUCCAGUCCACAGAUACCUGUUAUGUACUCUCCUUCUCUAUCAUCAUGCUUAACACCAGCCUGCACAACCCCAAUGUGAAAGACAAACCCCACUUUGAAAGGUUUGUAUCCAUCAACAGAGGCAUUGACAAUGGAGGGGACCUGCCAGAAGAGCUUCUAAAGAACCUGUUUGAGAGCAUAAAGAACGAGCCGUUCUCCAUACCAGAGGAUGAUGGCAACGACCUCACCCACACUUUCUUCAACCCUAACCGUGAAGGCUGGCUGCUGAAGCUGGGAGGACGUGUGAAAACCUGGAAACGCCGUUGGUUCAUUCUGACCGAUAACUGCCUGUAUUACUUUGAAUAUACCACGGACAAAGAGCCUCUGGGCAUUAUCCCCUUGGAGAAUCUAUCAGUCCGGAAGGUGGAUGAUCCCAAAAAGCCAAACUGCUUUGAACUCUUCAAUCCUAACUGCAAAGGGCAGAAGAUCAAAGCCUGCAAAACAGAUGGGGAUGGGAAGGUGGUUGAAGGCAAGCAUCAGUCCUACAAGAUCUCAGCAGCCACUCCAGCAGAGCGUGAUGAGUGGAUUGAGGCAAUACGGACCAGCAUCACACAGGAUCCUUUCUAUGAUCUGGUCUCUGCCCGUAAGAAAAAGAUUGCCAGCAAAAAGUGAACCAUGACCUGGUGACCGGCAUCGCAAAGGUGUAGGUUAUUGGACAGCUUCCCUCUCACACUGGGCUCUCCCAGUGAAGAAUCUUGGGAGCUUUGGUUCCAUCUGCCUCCCACUUGGCAGACAGAUGACUGACAGGACAGCUUGCCCUCUUUGCUUCUUCCCCUUCCAAACUGAAGGCAGAGGUGCAGGGUGUGAUCCACUGAGGGCUGUCAGAACUGUGGGCAGGGGGUUGCCCAUGUCUGAACAUAAAGGCUCAAAAGCAAUUGGCCUUUGGGUUCUCCCAUGUAGCCCCAGAUAUGUGGGACAGGGUCUGAGAGGAGACAGGAUUGUCUGCACCGUGUCUCCGGCCCCUCCUGUUGUCACACUGGGCCAGGGUAUUUUUCUGUUAGGGACCAUGUAGAUUCUCUUGGAGCUGAGCAUGGUCCAGUCAGUUUCAGAGCAGAAAGGCCCCAGUGGUUUCUCUUCCAUAAACAGUUGUGUAGUGGUUGUGGGGUGGAGGUCACCAAUAUUUAGAAACACACUGUGAAACCAGAGGUUAAGGUAAGAUAAGAAGCCCUCAGUUCAGAAGAAAUCCCUCUCUCCCCCUUCCUAAGGCCUGUGGUGAGGGCUGUAAUUGUGGGAAGUCCCUGCUCUGUAACUGUGUCAUAAAUGUUAAAAAGUUAAAAAUAAUUGAAUCCCUAUUCUACAUAAUGGCUAACUGAGCAUAGGGACCAGGAAAGCCGCUCUGGCUGUUUUGUCUCUUUUUUUUGUGACUCAGGGACAACGACAGAUUUGCUUAGGGAAAAAACCCAAACUCUACCUCUCCUCCUGGCUGAUGGCUCCCUAACAACGGUUGGUUCCUCGAGCAGCUCAGAGGCCUGGGUUUUGUAUCUGACAGUUUUACAGUCAGAGAUGGCAUGAAAAAAUGGAGGUACAUACACCUCCCCACCAGCACACACACAGAGGCAUUCAUUCCCAUCUUCAUGCAAUGGUAUCAUCUGAAGUCUGAGGGUUUUUGUCUCUUGUAUAAAGAGAGAAAUAAAAGUGCUCAAAACAAGCCAAAAAA